CAAUGAAACUGCGCCAUUCGGCAUUCCGCGGCGCGCGACGUCCAGCGCAGUCGCUGACUGAAACGUCAUAUAAAAUAUAAAUAAACCCGUACAUAACUGUCGAUAUCACCGUACAAUACAUUUAAUUCACUUUCUAAUAUUAAUGUUCGAUCUCUUUGAUGUGUUGUGUCGUGUUAUAUGUGAGUGUAAAAGUUCGUUUCGUGUUCCAUAUACGAACUCCUUGCUGCAACGACCUACUUGAGUGAAUUAGUGACGUCACUGUGUUUAUUUUUUUUUUCGGAAUCUAAAUUGUUUUUAAUUCUGUGCUUAGGGAAAGGUUAGAGAAGUAUCAAAUAUGAAGUAAUUGAAGUCAGUCAGUCAGUGGAAAUGUGUUAAUUGAUAAAAUGUAGUGGAAUAAAAACAAAAUGGCCGGAACUCGCACUUUAAAUGUCGAACCACCGCGCUCGACCGCGUAUUACUACGCCGACCUUGAGAAGAUCAAACGACAAAAUGGCGCCCACGAACAAGAUGGCUGCCCACCGGACAAAGACGAACAGAACCUAAACGAACUCAGCGAGUACGCUGAAACGAAUGAAGUCAUCAACGAUGGUGCCACUAAAGAGAUACCACCGCUACGUGAUAGGUGGUCGCCGGAGUACACUACGCCGGAGAACGGCGUGAAAGUUGGGGAGACCUACUCCACGGCUGGAACUUUUCCCAUGCCGGAACCUAAGGAAAAGGAGCCGCUGCUGGCUGAGUUGGAGAUCGUUGGACGUGUGCCGCUCACUCAGUUAGACACAGCCACUGGAGUUAGAAGGAGUAGGAGCUGGUAUCUUUGCUGUCCGAACGUCGGAGACGAGGAGAUAUCCAGAGAAUCAUCCUGGAGGUAUUCCAGCUUGCGGCCGGUGACUGCUCCUCCAGUUCCAGGACAGAACGGCUUUCAUACGGUAGCAACCCAAAGCAGCGGCCGAGUAGAUGAUGUGGCAACACUGCGGGCGGAACGCGACGCGCUCUCUCGCGCGCUCGCUUCCGAGCGUCAGCGUGCGGCCGCAGCGGCUCGCGCGCACGACGCACGACUCGCCGAGCUGCACGGCGUUAUAGCUGAGCUUGUUCGGCGUAGGGCUGCUGACAAGCGGGCUAAGGCCAUCCCGGAGGAGGAGAUUUCUGAGGAAUGCGAGUCGACGACUCAGCCGGCGGGUGAGCUGGACAAUGAUGCGGACAUGUCCCAGACCGAACAGAAUGAUAACUCCUCGCUCCUGAGUCCAGCGGAGCUGCCAACACCCCAAGAUCCGAAAUUGGAGCCUCUGCCGGACGACACUGAUGUCAGCACCACGGAGAAUAUCAGAUUGGAAACACCUAAAGUGGAAGUCUCGCCCCCCCAAGGGUCCGAACAUUGCUCGAGUCUGAUGCUGUCCGAGAGGGACUCGGAGAUCUGUGUCAGUACCGCGAGGCGCUGCCAGCACGCGCGCGCGGCGGGCGGCGCGGGCGGCGCGGGGGGCGCGGGCAGCUGCGAGCGCCAGCGCGGCUCCCCCGGCCUGCUGCCGCCCUCGCCGGGUCGCUGUGAGUCCAGGGAAGCUAAAAUCGCAUCGCGGGUUCGACUCCGGCGGACGGAAGACACCGAGUCCAACCAGAUAUCGGACGAUGAGGCGUGGUGCGCGGAGGCCGCUGAGCGACUGGCCCUGGACGUGUGCGCGCAGGCCGACCUCAGGGAGGCCUUGGUGUCGGCUUCCAACGAUGGCGCGGGCGCGGGCGCGGCGGCGGCGGCGGCGGCGGCGCGGGCCUGGCGCGCGCGCUGCGUGCGGCUGGCGGCCGACUGCCGCGUGCUGGACGCCGCGCUCGCACGCGCCGUCGACACCGCGCACAGGCUGUCGUGCGCGUGCGCGCUGCAGGAGUCGUCGUCGGUGGCGCUGUGCUCGGCCCUGCGCGCCGCCGACCGCGCGCUGGAGACGUACGACGUGCUGCUGGCGCUGCAGGAGACCAGCGCCGGCGCCGGCUCCGACCAGCGCGAGGCGGCGGAGGCGGUGGCUCGGCGUCUGCUCGCUCGCCUGGAAGCCGCACCGGUUUGGGGCGAGCCACUGCUGUCCCCGGGCCCCUGGCAGAACCACAAUCAGAGCAACGAGUGGGAGGAGGGGGCGGAGCCCUGGAGCGAGCAGUGCGAGGCGCGGCUGCGCGCGCACGCGGCGCGCCUCAAGAGCGACACGGCCGCGCUGCGGGCGCUGCGCCCUCCGCCGCGCCUCUACUCGCCGCACGACAUGGACGAGGAGGAGGGCUGCAUGGACAGCGUCAGCAUGGCGGAAAUGGAGGCCGCGGUCAUGAUGCAGGAAAUGCUGAUAGCGAAAGAGGCCCAGGAGACCGAGCGAGCCAACGCACUGCUGCACGAGGCGGAGGCGCCCGUUGAACGACAUAAGGGCGAGUCGACACGCAGACGCCGACAUAGGGAGCGACACUGGCUCGACACGCAGGCUUCGGAGACAGAUUUAUAAUGCAACAUUGAAUAUCAUUAUAUAUAAACAAGCUGGCGCUCGCAACUCGACACGUGAACACGCUCGCGUAACAUAGAUUCAUUAUUUUCUCGAAUCCGGCUCGAAGGACCAAAAACAAAACUCAAAAUAUCAUACUUUGCAUGCAAAUUUGCAUUUAUG